AUGUUAAAUUCCAAUGAAAAAAAAGAAUCAAAUUAUAGCAGAGGAUGUAUUUUAAAUCAGUAUAAAAAUUUUACAAAAUUAAGCAUAAAUGAAGUAUUAGACCCUUUUGAAUAUAUCGGCGGAAGGGAAUUCAUAAAUUCUAAUGAAGCAAAUUACCUUUUGCCAAUUGAUAAAAUAGAACUUAGGCGAAAUGAGCUUACUCAUAUAUUAAGACGUCAUGUAUGGAAAGGCAAUUUUUCUUCUCCAGUUGAAGAAAUUCUAACAAAUGGUGGAGCUAAUGUCCUCGAUAUUGGGUGUGGAACAGGUUUUUGGGUUCUUGAUUUAGCAUAUGAUUUUCCCAAUUCAACAUUUGUCGGUAUAGAUAUUUUAUCGAACGGUUUUCUACCUGUAAAUGAACGUCCUUCGAAUGCUGGGUUUAUAAAACAUAAUUUACUAGAAGGAAUACCAUUUCCUGACAAGACAUUUGAUUUCGUUCAGAUGGCAGCGAUGUGGUCUUCAUUUACAAGACAACAAUAUUUUAAUAUAAUUAAAGAAUUAGUACGUGUUGUGAAGCAUAAUGGGUGGAUUGAGAUUCAUGAACCUAAUAUGAAGUGGAAAAACAUAGGAAAAUCUGUAGCAAUUCUUCAAGAUGCUUUUCACACGAAGAUGAAAGAAAAAAAAUUUGAUCCCACAAUAUUUUUAGAAAUACCUAAAUACCUUGAAUCAAACGAUGAAUUAACUAAUAUUGAACACAAGAAAACAACUUGCCCAAUAGGCGGAUGGGGAGGGUUGCAUGGAGAAUAUUCACUUGAGAGUGCGAAAACAUUUUAUGGAUCCCUUACUUAUUUGGCCGACAAUAUGGGAAUAUCUCAAAGUGAUUAUCAAAAAUUAUUAGACGAUCUCGAAGAGCAGUUGGAUGUGGUUAGAGAGCGUGAACGCAAUGAAAUGCUUAGAACUGCAUCGGUCGACCCGAUAUCUUUGGCCAUAACUCGUGAAGAGAUGAAUAGGGUAGAUCGAAAUGAACAAAUGAAUUUGAAUACAAUAAAUUAA